AUGGAUGAUUUGUUAGCCGAAGGACUCGAAAUCCUUGACUGCGACGACGUUAGAAUCACCCAACUCACCAAGAAGAAAUCUCAAAAGGCAGCAGCUGCACAGACCGAAAAGCAUAAGACGAACAAAAAGUUCCGAAAGCAAGAAAAAGCCAACAAGGAAGCCGCUAGUGCUCGUUUCGGCCUCAACAACAAAUACGUAGCCGACAAGAAAAUCGCUGAGAAGAGACUCAAGAAAGUAGAUCGAGAAAAGGAACUGGCGCAGAAGCAUCGUCUUGUUCAGAAAAGCAGAGUCGACACUGAUUUCAAUAUUUGGUGCAAGAUCACAGGAGUGACAAAGCCAGAAGUGCAGAAGCCAGUAGAGGAGGAGGAAUCCGCCUUCGACGAAGAGUACUUUGCCCAGUUCGAAAAAGAGUACGCCGAGAGAAAACUCAAUGGAUAG